AUGCCCCAUUGGCCCUACUCUCUCUCCUCAGACAGCACACAGCUCCGCCUGGUGGACGGAGGCCAUCCCUGCGCCGGCAGAGUGGAGAUCCUUCACCAGGGCUCCUGGGGCACCAUCUGUGAUGACAGCUGGGAUCUGCGUGAUGCCCACGUGGUGUGCAGACAGCUGGGCUGUGGAGACGCCCUCAAUGCCAUGGUCUCUGCUCACUUCGGGAAGGGAUCAGGGAGCAUCUGGCUGGAUGAGCUGCAGUGCACAGGAAAGGAAUCCCACGUGUGGAAUUGCCCGUCUCAGGGCUGGGGGGAACACAACUGCCGUCAUUCCGAGGAUGCAGGAGUCAUCUGCUCAGGAUUUAUACGUCUGACUGGAGGGAGUGGGCACUGCUCAGGGCGAGUGGAAGUGUAUUCCAGAGGAGACUGGACUCCAGUGUCUGACGGGAACUUCACAUCCCCCACCGCCCAGGUCAUCUGUGCACAACUGGGGUGCGGCAAGGCUGCAUCUGUGCUGGGGGGCGUGCCCUUCAGAGAGUCAGAUGGACGGAUCUUUGCUGAGGAGUUCCGGUGUAAGGGGCAGGAGCCAGAGCUCCAGUUGUGCCCCAGGGUGCCCUGUCCUGGAGGCACCUGCCCCCACCGUGGGGCUGUUCACCUUGUAUGCUCAGCAUACACAGAAAUCCGACUCAUGAACGAGGGCAGCUCUCAGUGUGAGGGACAGGUGGAGAUGCAUAUUUCUGGGCACUGGAGCUCACUCUGCGCCUCCCACUGGAGUCUGGCCAAUGCCCAUGUUGUGUGUCGUCAGCUUGGCUGUGGAGUCGCCCUGUCCACCCCCAAAGUAGCACGCUCUAGGGGAGGAGCUGACCAGGUCUGGAGGGGCCGAUUUCACUGCUCAGGGGCUGAGGCCUCCUUGUGGAACUGCCCCAUGACUGCACUGGGUGCUCCUGACUGCGGCCCUGGAAACACAGCCUCUGUGAUCUGCUCAGGAAACCAGACCCAGGUGCUGCCCCUGUGCACCCACCCUCCGUCUCCACCAGCAGGCUCUGCAGCUUCAGAGGAGGGCACAGCCAACUGCUCAGACAGCACACAGCUCCGCCUGGUGGAUGGAGGCCAUCCCUGCGCCGGCAGAGUGGAGAUCCUUCACCAGGGCUCCUGGGGCACCAUCUGUGAUGAUGGCUGGGACCUGCGUGAUGCCCACGUGGUGUGCAGACAGCUGAGCUGUGGGGAGGCCCUCAACGCCACAGUCUCUGCUCACUUUGGGGAGGGAUCAGGGCCCAUCUGGCUGGAGGAGCUGCAGUGCACAGGAAAGGAGGCCCAGAUGUGGAUGUGCCCAUCCCUGGGCUGGGGACACCAUGACUGCUGGCACAAGGAGGACGCCGGGGUCAUCUGCUCAGAGUUUGUGGCCCUCAGGGUAGUAAGUGAAGACCAGGACUGUUCUGGAUGGCUGGAAGUUUUCUACAACGGGACCUGGGGCAGUGUGUGCAACAGCCUUGUGAAUGCUGUGACCUUGUCCAUGAUCUGCAGGCAUCUUGGCUGUGGGGACAGCGGGACCCUCAACAAUUUGGUUGCUGCUAGGGAAGGUGCUGGGCCCAAGUGGGUAGAUAGAAUCUGGUGUAGGACAACCGAUACCUCUCUCUGGCAGUGUCCUUCUGACCCUUGGAAAUACCAUUCGUGCUUUUCAGAAGACAAAGCUUCUAUCACGUGCGCAGAAAAGAGAUACAGGAACUGUCCAUCUGCAGCCCCCUGCACAGACAGGGAGAAGCUGCGCCUGCGGGGAGGAGACAGCGCGUGCUCAGGCCGCGUGGAGGUGUGGCACGCGGGGGCGUGGGGCACGGUGUGCGACGACUCCUGGGGCCUGGCCGAGGCCCACGUGGUGUGCGGGCAGCUGGGCUGUGGCUCGGCGCUGGACGCCCCGCGGGCGGCGGCCUUUGGGCCUGGAAAUGGCAGCAUCUGGCUGGACGAGGUGCGGUGCAGGGGCGGGGAGUCCUCCCUGUGGGAGUGCCCUGCGGCUCCCUGGGGGCAGAGCAACUGCAAGCACGAGGAGGACGCGGGAGUGAGGUGCUCGGGUGAGAGGACAACAUUCACCUCAUCCUUGGGCACUCAAUCAGACUCAGCUCCUGCACCUGGCAUCUCCUGGACUGGGGUCUUUUGCAUCAUCUUAGUGGUCCUUCUCUUCCUGGUCCUGGUCAUCCUGGGGAUUAGGCUGCACAAAGGGAAAGCAGAGCACCAAGCAUCACCUGCUUUUGAAGAUGUGCUAGAUGAGGCCUUGUACCAGGAAAUUGAUAACUAUGCUCUGCCGGAAAAGGAGAACAUUUUGGACAGCUCAGAAAACCUGUCUGAUGACUCAUCGACUAAGCUGCCAUAUUACACAGGGGAUGAUGAGGAGAAUGGAGACCCUGGAUCUGCCCCAGAGUCUCCCGGACAGCAUGUCAGAGCCACAGGGGAUGGUUAUGAUGAUGUUGAAGAGUUUCCUGUUCCUGAAAUUCCUACUUCCCAAGAAAUAAGUAGGAAUCAUUUUUCCCCAGAGGAGGACGGUGGUGCACAGUAUUCCCAGCCAG